CAAAUAUUUUCUUAUUGUAUUAUGAACAACAAUAUAUGGAAAUCCCAUAAGUGGUUUUCACAACGGUAUAUAUUCAGCAAAAUUCAAGACAGUCGAUGUCAUUUAGAAGCGCCUCAUAUUAAGAAACGACUAAAAUAUCUUGCUUCCGUACUCCUCUCAUCUUGAUUCUGUACUGCUCUCAUCUUGCUUUCUAAUUCAAAAAGAACAAACAUUACAGAGAUAAUAACGAUGGAUCUCCCUCAAGUUGUAAUCUUUCUCUUCUUGAACUUCAUCUUGAUUGUAUCUUCGGCAUCAAUUCCAACUCAAUGUAAAAUACCAACAGACUUGAAAGUCCGCUACGACAGCUUGUCCAAAGCAGACGUUGACAAUCGAUUUUUUCUGCCAGCUGAAAUGGCCCCAGCCGAAAGUAACCGGACAACACUGACCGAAGGUGAUAAAAGCUGCCCAACAUCGCCUGUAUCUAGUGAUAUCAUCCGUGAACGUUCCACCUGUCCUUGGUACCUGAACAUUAUUAAUGAUUCAACAGUUUUCCCUCCAUCACGCAGUGAAGCAGUAUGUCGCUGUAGAAAGUGUUUAGAGUCUAAGAGCACCAAGCAGCAAUGUUCGACUGUAUACACUAAAAUGACUGUCCUGAAACGAACAGGUGAAUGUGUUGAUGGACUCUAUGUUUAUGAGCCACAUGUGAUUGAUGUAGCCACAGCCUGUGUGUGUGCACGGAAGGUUGAUGGCAUUGCAGAGAGAAAAGAGGACGACUAUGAGACGUAAAAAUCGACUAAACAGUUCACUGCGUGUAACGCAAAAGUUAUUCAGUGUCAUGAAACGUCAAGUUGACCACCGUGUGGUUAUUAUUUUGAGUCACUUAUUUUGUUUUUGCUUUCUUGUUUUUAUGUUCAUCUGUGUGUAAUUUUAUCUUGCUACCUUGGACAUUUCAAUUAUCAAUGAUAUCAUAUGUAUAUGAGUCUCAUGAACCGAUAUGCAUCUAACCGAAAUUACGCAUGAAUUCGCGAA